AAAGAGAGGUUUUCUCUCCUCUGUAUGAACAGGAAGUCAGUCUGAGUUGGUGACCGUGCAGUUCUAACCGCACUUCAGGGUGGCAGACAGUUAUUUAUUUACACCAUGACUCUGGAGGUUCAACGGAAAAACGCUCAAGCGUCGGUGGUGUCUUGAAGAGCAGCACAAUGUGGCGAUUUGGAAGGAAGACUGGAACAGGAGUAAUAAGGAGGAGAUACUGCGGAGCACAAAAAGAUGUGUCCCACAAACCUCACCCAGCCAUUACACAGAAAAAAGUUCAUUUCAGCCUUCCACCGGGUGACUUCUAUGGCGUCAGAAAGGCAGGGCCCAUCUUAUUUCCUGACAGGUGGAUAAGCAGUUAUGGAAGUGCAUGGAGUUCAUCUGCUUGUUUCAGUAUGAGGUUGUUUUGUUCUGGUACAUCUAACAUAGAUCCCGUAGAGAUCCACAAACACAAGUUAAUGUUGUGGUUCAGUCACUUGCCCCAGGAAGAGAAGCAAUUUGGGGGUUACUUUUCUCCCGAGACCAUGCAUGUAGACCCACUCAUUCUGGAGAAGAACCCAGGGGAGGGAAGAGGCCUCUCUAUUAGUCCCUUCAAGGAAAAUAUAUCAAAGAGCCAUUCUCUCACAAUUGAACAAAUCUUUGACUCAAGUCAGAGUGGAAAUCAUGGUCGAGGACUUAACGUGCUGCUCUAUGGGGCUGUUGGUACUGGGAAAAGUACAGUUGUCCGCAAGCUUGUUUUGGACUGGUGCGCUGGCUUGACACUGUCCCAGUUCAAGUUGAUGGUGCCCUUCUCUUGUGAAGAUCUCUGUCAUUUGUCCAAACCUACAUCACUCAGAGACCUUGUGGGUAGAAAGUACAUGCACCUUCGCAGGACACCAUUUCUCAGUGGAGAUAGUAAUCAGGCUAGGGAGGUCCUGUUCAUCUUCAAUGGCAUGGAGAAGAUGAAUUUAGACUUUAGGAUUGGCUCCACUGAACUGUGUAGUGAUCCUAACGAGGCUCUUUCAUCGGGAGCUGUUGUUGUAAACCUGCUGAGGAAGUACCUCCUACCUGAGGCUAGCAUUUUGGUCACCACCAGGCUGUCUGCUGUAGAUCGUAUCCCUAAGAAGUAUGUGAACCGCUAUGCUCAAAUCUGUGGUUUCGACGAUCCUGACCGCCAGAGAGCUUACUUCACAAGCAGACUGUUACUACAAAGUGGAGAGAAGCCAGGCAAGGAUGCAGAAUCUUUAAUAGAGAUGCUGUACCUUAAUUUGCAGCGAGAGAGCCAGUUAGCAGCAGCCUGCUUUUUACCCUCGUACUGCUGGCUCACCUGUGCCACCCUUCAUUUCCUUCAUUUUACUGAUGCCAAGGCACCUAUUCGCACUCUUACUGGUAUCUACACAAGCUUCCUGAGGCUCAACUUUGGAGGAGAGGUGCUGGCCUCAGGAGACAUGUCUUCGCAGGAGUACCAGACCUCAUUAAUGCUUUACGUGGUCCGCACCGUAGGGAAACUGGCUUUUGACGGAGUGACCAAUAAGCGCACAUACUUUACUGAGAAUGACCUAGAACAGUGGAUAGGCGGAAAGACCAAAACCGAUGAAGAGCUUCGGCAGCUGGCGGUGUUCCGCACAGAUGUGUUGGAUUUCUUCCUUGUGCCUUGUGUUGAACAUAGUCGAAAGGUUACCGAGACAGGUGAGAAACGUUAUGUCUUUGCUAUACCUGCCAUGCAGGAGUAUCUGGCUGCCCUGUAUGUCGUUCUUGGUGAGAACAAGAAUGCUCUGGAGAAGGUGACUAAGCAGGUGUCGGAGGUCGUUGGACAAGCCAGCGAGGACAUCACUAGCAUAAUGAGCAUUCUAUCUAAGCUCAUACCUUUGAGGAUCUUUGCCAUUUUCAACUUAUUGAAAUUGUUUCCGAAACUUUUCGAUCGAGUUAGUAAUCUUAGCAAGGGUCGCAUCGCCAGCACCAUGGCUGCGGAGAUGUUCCGCUCAGAAGACAGUUUCAAUGAAGACGUUCUAGAUCAAGUGGAGCAAAACCUGCUGGGAGUGCAAGGCCCACAGCCAGAGCAGGAAGCUGACACGAGGUCCUUUGAGUUAUACCCAAUCUUCAUGGGAGGGCUCCUUCAUUAUGGCAACAGAAGGCUGCUGGACCAACUUGGCUGUGACAUCAAGAGCACCACUGUGGCCCAGAUCACUCGAUCGCUGAAGAAGCAUUUGAUCAAGGAGAGCCGCAAGCAGCAGCCUCCCGCGGAGCUGAUGGAUCUGCUGGUUCUGCUGUACGAGUUCCAGAACCCUCGGCUCACGGCCGAAGUGCUGCAGUCUGUCAAAGUCAUCAACUUGUCCACUGUGCGCAUGACCCCACUCAAGUGCUUUGUGCUGAGUUCAGUGCUGGACUGCACACUUUCCAGCUUCCUUCUGGAUGAGCUCAACCUCUCCUCUUGCCACAUCACUCCAGAACUGCUGCACUUGCUGUGGCCUGCCUUCCAUAACACACGUUGCCUCAACCUGCAGUUUAACAGCCUGGAUCCUGAAUCCUGCAUAUUGCUGCGAGAUCUGCUACUUGAACCCAACUGUACAGUUAAAACAUUACAGUUGUGUGACAACUCCUUGCUGGACAGAGGAGCUGCCCAUCUGCUGGAUGCUCUGCCUGGUAACCAGUCUUUGCAGAAGCUGUCUUUGAUGCACACUGGCCUUGGGGACAGUGCUGCCCUAGACUUAGCUGCAAGGCUGAGCCAGCAUACUGGACUACAGGAGCUGAACGUGGCUUACAACAACUUUGGCGAUAGUGCAGCACUUGCACUGGUCGACGCCUGCCGAGAGCACCCCAGCAUUCACACAGUUCAUCUGUAUUUGAACCAGCUGACCGAUGUGGGGAAGCAGUCGCUGCACGUCCGUGGAGUUCCUCAGGAGAAAGGUGGGAGACGGGUGAAGGCCCUGGCUUCAGUGACUGAGGGCUCGGACAUCUCAGAGGACUGGCACCCCAUCCUGAGUGUGAUCACGAAGAACUCGCUUUCCUGGGAGAGGGAACGUGUUCGGGAACAGCUGCUGGUCUUUCUGAAGGAUCUGGAGUGGGGCCGCAAGCAGCACCCGAGCUUCUGGAAGAAGCUGCACUUCCGCAGAGUGGAGAGUGUAGUGAGGCAGACCCUGCGCAUGCUGGAGAAAGGCAGCGCCACAGGCACCAAACCUGCUGCUAAGUGACAAGGGACUGCUUUACUGUACAGAGGUGCUCUUAGGGGAAUAAUUAACAUGCUGUUUACAAAUACUGUAUAAGAGUGCCAUGGUCUUCCUUUGCAUUAAUAGCCUUUUUUUAUUAAAAUUAGAGAAAGCAUGCAUUUCCAUCACUAUACAUUCAUAUGCAAUAAGACUGACGAAAACUGUUGACAUGCUUGUAAAUGUACAGACAGUACUGUGCAGAGGUCAGAGACUAAUCUUUGUUUAUUUUAUUUCCAGGCACAAGUAUUUUUCAGCAUUAGGAAAAAGCAGAAAAUAACUAAAUAUAAUAUUACAUUUUUCAGUAUUUAGUCUGUCCACCUUUUUGCCUUUAUUAUAGCUUCCAUUCUUUUCAGGAGGCCUGCUUUCAAAGAAAUACGCAGGGAAAGUUCAGUCUUAGAAGUUGGUUGCAUUUUCUCCUUCUCACGAUUCAAGCAAUCCCAAACACAUUCAGUGGCGUUGAGGUUUGGUGGUGGUCAGUCCAUUGUCGUCACAGUGGAAGGAACAACAGAAACACCUGUGGAUUUUUCAGAUCUGAAGUAAGAGUGGAGCUUGAUUUUCUCCUCUCUCUGAAAGAUGAAAGCUUUAAGUCCUGUUUAUCUGAUGGUGACCAUUUUGGUGGUCUACUAGGACCUGCACGGUUGUUUAGAAUUCCACUUUCUCUGUAUCUUCAUCAUUUUUUUUUUUUUUAAUUUAUUUUCCUUUCACUUUCCCCUUCCUUACACAAGUGGAUUAUCUCGUAUCUAAUCUCUUUGGAAAUAUCUCCUGAAAAAUGAAUAACUUGUACAUAAUGGCUGUUUUGACUGGAAACUGAAUAAAUGAAGGGGGGUUCUCUGACCUUCAUACAUUAGUGUGUUCUUUCACAAUACGUUACAUUUUUCACCAUAAUGCAUGAAGUAUUGUUGUUAAAACUAUUGUGUGUCAGACUGAAAUGUUCAGCCAAGUGCUGUUAAGCAAUACUCAACAUAAGCUUUCUUAUAAGCCAUAGGAGUCUACUGACCCAUACAAGUGUUUGCUUUGUCUUCAGUGGAUGCAGUGUAACUGUUCUAAAUUGGCUUAUUUAAUGAGCUUUAAAAGCCGUCCCUUCGGUGCUAACCUGCAAGAUAUGUUUUAUAAAAGUUUUCAAAUUGUGUCAAAUCCAGAUUUUGUGCCUUUGAUCUCAGUUUGCUAAAAGAUGGCUCUAUUUUAAUUAUGUGGAUGUACAAGUAAAUCCAGAAAAAUUAAAUAAAAGAAGUGACUUCCUCUU